CAGCAGGCCACUCAAGAUCUUCGACUCUAACCCAUGUAAACUAUAUCUUCAUGCAGCUGGUCUUGUGUCAAGUUGGAACAAUUGGUUUACAGAAGUCAAGACCACUCUGAAACCAUGAGUCUCUCUGCCAAAGACAAAGCUGCCAUCAAAGCCUUCUGGGACAAGAUCUCCUCAAAGGCUGAGGAAAUCGGUAGCCAAGCUCUGUACAGGAUGCUGACUGUUUAUCCUCAGACCAAAACCUACUUUACCCAUUGGACGGACAUGAGCUUCAACUCUGCUCAGUUGAAGAAGCAUGGAAAGACUGUAAUGUCUGGUGUUGAAGUGGCUGUCAACAAAAUCGAUGAUCUGACCAGCGGGAUGCUCAGCCUAAGCGAGCUGCACGCUUACCAGCUGCGUGUUGAUCCAGCCAACUUCAAGAUCCUCUCACACAAUUUGCUUGUGGUUCUGGCCAUCCUGUUCCCCACUGACUUUACUCCUGAUGUACACGUGUCUAUGGAUAAGUUUCUUGCUGCAGUGUCCCUGGCCCUCUCCGAGAAGUACAGAUAAACCCCUCUGCAGAGACCAGAACAGAGACCACCACACGCACAAUCUCUUUCUCAGAGCUUGUAAA